CAUGCCCUUGUCAAGAAUGUGCGGGGGGCCACGCCUGUGCUCUGCGCUUUAGUUUCCCUGGCGGUGUUAGCACAGCCAGGUAAGGGGAAGAAGAAAGCAGCGCCCGCCCCUGCCUCCUGGAUUGGAAAGAUGCAGAGUACCGUUGAGACCAAGCUGGGAACCAGACCUUACUCUUCCUCACAAGAAGCAACUUUUUCUCAACAGCAGCUUUGACAGAAAACCUGUGUUUUGGAAAAGGAGCAAUGAAUUUGUGCGUGGGUCUGAGAGUGUUUACACGAUUCCCCCAAAAGGCUGUGAGAAGCAGUGGCCGUCCCCAACUUACCAGGUACCGCUGCCCCUGUAGAGGGGCUGGGAGCUUUCUGGACCCUAAAAUGAUGAAAGCUUUCAUAGAGGAAAACACUGAAGUCACCAGCAGCGGCAGCCUCACCCCUGAGAUCCACCUGCGGCUUUUGACCCCCAGAUGCAGAUUCUGGUGGGAAAGAGCCGAGCUCUGGCCCCACAGUGACCCUUACUGGGCAAUCUACUGGCCUGGAGGCCAAGCUCUGUCCAGGUAUAUUUUGGAUCAUCCCAGUGUUGUCAGAGGAAAGUCUGUGUUAGAUCUUGGGAGUGGAUGUGGAGCCACAGCUAUUGCUGCUAAGAUGAGCGGGGCGUCAAGGAUCCUGGCCAACGACAUAGACCCAAUUGCAGGAAUGGCUAUUGCACUGAAUUGUGAAUUGAACCAACUUACUCCUUUUCCCAUUUUAACAAAAAACAUCUUGGAUUUGAAACAAGAGAAGUGGGACCUUAUCGUGCUUGGAGAUAUGUUUUAUGACGAAGACCUUGCGGAUCGUCUGCAUCAGUGGCUGAAGAACUGCUUUUGGGCCCAUGGAACUCGGGUGCUGAUUGGUGAUCCUGGACGGCCACAGUUCAGUGGACACCGGAUCCAGCACCAAGUGCACAGGCUGGUGGAAUACUCACUUCCAGAGCCAACGCGGCAGCAGAACAAUGGACUGACCAUGAGCACAGUGUGGGAUUUCAGCCCUGAACCACCACAGUGCACCCGAGAGAAAAGUUGUAGAUGGAAGAGGCCCUGCCAGUUUCUCACAUGCCUACAGGGACCACCUCUGAAACUGCACUCCAAACACAGCGUGUGCACUGAGCUACCCGGGGGUGGGAAUUGCCCUCAGCAUGUGGAAAUGGGCCAUGCCACACUCCCCCACAUCUCAUGAUAUUGGAGUUAAAUCAAAGUCUGAAGGAAGCCCUCUGAAGCAGGCUCAAGGUGUAGGGCACAGGCUGAGCUGAGGGGAGCCCUGGGCACCCUCGGAGCGCACUUCAGAGACUGUGCCUACGGAAGAGGAAACCAGUCUGUUUGAAAACUAAGACUUGGGCAGUAAGUACACUUUAAAAAUGUGAAACCAUCCUCUGUUGUGACAGUUUGCAUUUCUUAUUCUAACCCCUCCUGAAUGCAGGACCUGCUUUGUAGGGAAUUCAUAGGUGAACAGCACACAU